AUGUCCGCAUUGUCGCCGUCGGCUCUGGCAGUCAUGCGAUUAGACUUGGAAAACGACCCCAACUGGACGCGACCGCGACGACAGACCAACCCGGAUCUAAUUCAUCGGCCAUCUGUAUUACUUCGCCAGGCUACACGGCGAAGCGCAGAUGUGUCGAGCCUCCAGAAUAAUAGUCACAGCAGCAACUACAGCAACCCUUCGUCGCCCCUGGCCGACCAAAGACCGCGUACCAGCGGGAGCAUCACCCACACGUCGGCGGCCUCCAGUAGUGCCACUGUGACGCCAACAAAGAGAACAUCGACAUCGUCCCACCGGUCGUCGCUGAGUGCGAGCGCACUGUCCAACCCGGCGCUGGCCGAGAUACCGUCGCGAAAGUACAACGCAGCACGACUGUCGGCUGGCUCGACUGACGGAUACGCAGAGAACUAUCGCCAGCAUUCUAACAAUAACAAUAAUAAUCUUGGCGGCGAGCCAUGCGCCGCUGCACCCCGUGAUCCCGCGGCAACUAAUGCMCCUGCCACGAGCGCCGUCAACUCGCUCUCGCCCAUUUCCAUUGCGACACCCAAUUCCAACUACUCUUCUUCUUCCUACUUCCCCCAGACCAGUCCUGGCUCAGAAUUAAUACCGCCAUCGUCGACUUCUUCAUCGACGACGAAAAACCCGCUCCCAUCUUCACGCCUCGCCACUGCAACCAGCCCGGCAUCUGCAACCAGUACUGCAUUCAACGAUCGCCUCUUGCGCCCGACCCCAAAACAAGCAACAACGCCUCAGACUGCGCGACUCAACAACUCCCAGGAUUCUCCCAGCAUAGAUGCCGUCUUGAAAAACAAGUCCAUCCUGAAAAAGGUUGGCUCUUCGACCGACAUGGCGUCAUCUCCGUCGCGACGUCGCCGAGAGUCCACCCCGCUGUCUCCCCGAAGCGCCGCGACCGCGAGCAACAUGAGGUCGUUGGCUGUCGAUGAGCGGUACCAAAGUGGUAGUAGCGCGUAUGGAGACUCGAAUACCGACGAGCAGAAAGAAUACAGCACCGAUGACACGCGCAGAAGUGAUGACGUCUUUCUUAACAUCGCGAAGUCAAGUGUGAACAGCCGGCGCAAUUCGUUGGAUCGGCGAAGGAAACUGGGACUGUCGGGUAUAUCAACUCGCAGCUCUCUCGCGAAAGAGCAGACCCCUUCUCCUGAGCAAUUGAAAUAUCAGAGCAGUCCGCUCUACUCACAACAUGCGUCGCCAUUGUUUAACUCUAAUUACGCAGCAUCUGUUACGACAUCAGCCCAUCCACUGGAUGAAAGCGCUCGUCUUCGCCACCACUCUAGCACUGCAGGUUCCAGAUCUGUUGUUGGCGUGCCACGGAGUCGAUAUAACCAGGAAACGUCGCCUGAGCUGCCGCACAUCGAUUUCAAGGCAUCCCUCGCAGAUGCGCGCUUGAGAUACUCUCAAAUAUCAAACAAUUCUUCACGAACCGUGCGACAAGCCUCCAUGUCGGAUGCCGCAGAGCGCGCACGACUGGAUGGAGAAAAGGCUAAACACGAUGGGACUACGGAGUCGACGUUAUCUACAACUGCUCCUUCGACUGUGUGGGAUGAACUGGAUGACCUCAAAUCUCGUAUCAAAAAACUUGAACUGACGGGCAAAUUCCCGUCGUCGUCGGCUGCUGCCAUGUCGAGCGUCUCGGGCGAACGACCUCGCACGGCAGCCACAACAGCUACAACAUUGUCUUCGUCACCGAAACAAAAGCACGUCCGCAAAUCUAGUAUCUCGCCGGAAGUAUUAGCUGCCACGGCAACCGCCAAUUCUAUACAGACAUUAUUACAAUCUGCAUUGGCCAAAGCGAAAGCUACAGUCGGCCCAGAGGUCUACAAUGCGCUCGAAGCAACAGCGACAGACGCCUUGACUUUGACUAACAUGCUGGCUACUGCAGCAACCACAGUUUCUGGGAACUCAUCAACUGUGACUGGAACCGGUCUCUCGGAGCGCCAGGCCAAACGCAAAGCAGAUAGCCUAUGUCGUGGAUUGACCGAGGUUUGUCUCGCAUUAUCAGAAGAACAGACCAUGACCCAACCAAGUAGCCAGCAGCAACCGCAAGAACAGAUACGACCACGGAGUCGACGUCAACCAAGCGUGACAGGCGACACUAGUGAUGCCAUGUCUUCAAUAUCUACUCGGUUUCGUCGAAGCAUGAGCCAUGAGCCGGAAGAUCUAGCUCAACCGGAUUCUGGUGCUCGAAUCUUCAGUCGAUUUGAAGGUCACAGAGCCAACACUAUCAACCUCGGGUCCACCGGGCGCAGGGAAAGAUUGUCACACGACGAGUCAGCUUCCUCGCCUCAUACCCCUUCAUUAACCGCACCCACUUCUCGCCUUCAUCGUCUUUCUGGGUCUCAUCGAAUCAAGCGAGAAGAUGACUCGGAAGACCGAAGCUCCGUAUUCAGUCGCACGCUCACUGGACGUGCGAUGACAGAAGUCAAUGGCUACACUGAGUCUCCUUCAUCUCGUUAUUCCACGCCUUAUCAACAAACACUAUCUCAGCACCAACCAAAGGUGUCACCAUCUGUAUCUUCCAUAACCCAGCGCCGCAGUUAUGCAACACCUCCAAGUGCAGGUACAGGAAUACCGACCGCAUCAAGUCUCAAGAUCCAACCAGGUUUUCGACGCUAUGGGGCAUCAACAAUUACGGGGCUCUCUGAACGCGGCUCGUCAGAGCCUCCUCAGACCAGUGAUUCCUUUUCUCCUUCCCCAGGGCUACCACAAACACGGAUCUCAACUCCGUCUAGCAAGAUGGCUACCAGCUACACUGCCAUACAGCAGCCUCGUCUGCGCAACGAAACCCUCGGGUCUCGUCGACUAUUGCGUACUCGCCCGUCGACAAUCGGCACGAGCAACGACCAUUAA